AUGUGGAAAAAGAAUUCGCCUUUUCUCUACGACUUGGUGGUCACGCACGCGCUGGAAUGGCCAAGCUUGACGUGUCAAUGGUUUCCCACCAGAGAAAAAGUGGACAAUUACACCGUACAACAAUUACUGUUGGGCACGCACACCAACGACGAUGAGCCCAACUAUUUACAAAUCGCUUCCCUAAAGUUACCGUGCGAUAUCAAGGAAGAAAAUGACGAAGCCAAAGACAGUAACAAGGAGAAUACGCACAUUACCAUCACACAAAAAAUCCUGCAUGACGGUGAAGUGAACCGCGCGCGAUACCAACCCGAAAACCCUAACAUCAUUGCCACCAAAUCGCGUACAGGCGAAGUCUACAUUUUUGAUCGUACUACGUAUCAAGCUUUGCCACAGGAAAAUGAGCAAUUCAACCCCACAUUACGACUCAAAGGCCACACCAAUGAAGGUUACGGCCUUGCAUGGAAUCCCACCCCCGCCAAAUCCAGUCACUUGUUGAGCUCCGGCUUUGACUCCAAAAUCUGUCAAUGGGAUAUUGGUGGUUCAGCCGGUGAAAACAAGGAAUUGGAACCGGUGCGUACUUAUACGGCUCAUGCCUCUGGGGUGGAAGAUGUGGCAUGGCAUACGAAAUACGACUCUAUAUUCGCAUCGGUGGGCGAUGAUGGAAAAUUAAUGAUUUGGGAUUCUCGUAAUGAUUCGAAUGAUAAGCCCGUUCACGAUAUCGCGGCUCACGAGGCUGAAGUCAAUUGCGUUGCCUUUGCCCCUGGAAGCGAAUGGAUUUUAGCGACAGGAUCAGGUGAUAAGACGGCGGCUUUGUGGGAUCUGCGCAACUUAAAGACCAAGCUGCAUACAUUGAAAGCACAUCGAUCGGAAAUUCUUCAACUGGCAUGGUCGCCCCAUCAUGAAGGUGUUCUGGCCACGGCAAGCAACGAUCGAAGGAUUCUGGUAUGGGAUCUGUCAAGGAUUGACAGCGAACAGUCGGCUGAUGAUGCCGAAGAUGGCCCACCUGAACUUUUGUUCAUGCACGGUGGCCACACAAAUAAGAUUUCUGAUUUUGGCUGGAAUCCUGCAGAACCCUGGGUUCUUGCCAGCACGGCUGAAGACAAUAUUGUGCAAGUUUGGCAAAUGGCAAGUAACAUCUACAACCAGGCCACGACCUCGACCGCCGCUACGGAUGACGAUAAAAAAAUGGACGAACAAUAA